CUCGCGGGUUGCUGUUUGAUGCGCGCGCGGAGCAUACAUCGCUAGGGCUCGGCUUCCCCGGUUGAGUCUGCCCGCGCGGUCCCCCAGGCGGGGGCCGGGGGCGCCCUGAGCUGCCGGGGGUCGCGUGCUCCCGGGAUUCAGAGCUGCAGAUCUCGGAUGUACCGCGCGCCACAGGUGCCCAAGCGUCCCCGCAAAGGAGUCCAGGCCUGGGGGAAGGGGGCGCUGUGGGUUGCGGCCGACGUCAGCCAGCCAAGAUGCUCAGAAUGGACAUAAUGGAAGCUACCUCACAGGACUGCUGAGAAGACUAAAUGAGACAAUGCUUGUAGAGCUCUUUGCAGGAGGGAGACCUGGAGGCAGGGACUGGCAGGCGGAGCACACCUGCUGUCACCCAGGACCAUGAACAGCGUGAAGACCCCGGUGGAGCUGGCCGUCAGUGGGAUGCAGACCCUCCACGUUCAGCACCGCUGCCGGGGCAGCUGCCGGGUCAAGGUUAGGCCGUCAUACGUGGAUGAGACUUUGUUUGGCAGUCCUGCAGGCACCCAGCCCACACCACCAGUCUUUGACCCACCCUGGAUGAGGAAGGUCAGCAGAACCAGAGGAGUGGGUACAGGGGCGUCACAGCCCUCAGGGGCCAACGGGAGCUGUGAGACUACCUCCUCCAGGGACAAGACCCUGACCCUCGCACCAAGGAAGAAGAACAAAUACAGACUGAUUGGCCACACUCCUUCUUACUGCGAUGAGUCACUCUUUGGCUCCCGACCUGAGGGCGCCGGCUGGGAGGCCCCGUGGAUGGCGAAGGGGGAUGCUGCAAAGCUCCAUGCCGUCUUCUGGACACCCCCAGCUACCCCUAGGGGCAGCCACUCACCCCGCCCCAGGGAGACUCCAGUGCGAGCCAUUCACCCAGCUGGUCCCUCGAAGACAGAGCGCAGGGUGGUGGCAGACUCCCGGAGGUUGUCCGUGGAUGGGUUAGACUCUCCACGCCCUCCGAGACGGGAGCGUUCCUAUUCCCUCACCCACCUUAAUGUCCCCAGCACAAGUCACCCACCCACCAGUACCCCCUGCACAAAUGGGCCUCGAGAUCCCAGACCUUCCCCGUCAGGAGUGACCUUCCGGAGCCCCCUGGUGACUCCCAGGGCUCAUUCAGUCAGUGUUUCAGUGCCAGUUACCCCCCGACGAGGCGGAGCCACCCAGAAACCAAAGCCACCUUGGAAAUGAAUUUCUUGGUCUUUUCUGCAGGUUUGCCCAUGGGGUCACAGCAAAGGGCAGAGUUUCAGAGGAUGGCACUGGUGGGCGGGCCUUUGGGGAGACCACCAGGCAUUGGCAAAGCACUCCUGGGGGCAGACAGAGCGAGGGUGGGCAGUGCCGCCCUUUCUUCUGACAACCUCCGGUUGCUCCCUGCUUUUGCCACUGAUGUGGAUAUGAGGGCCGCCUCUUGAGAUCCCUGUCUCAAGUUCUGUCAUAGCCACGCAGCAUAUCAGUGCCAACCCAGGGGUGUCCCCCGGGAGGGUCCCCCCACCCCCUCCAUCACACCCACAACAUUGUCUCGCCACCAAGUGUGAAUAAAUCGUAUGAUCGCCAACCCGGAGGGUUCCUUCUCCCUCCCUUCAAGCCAAGCUCCUGCUUAGGAUGAGUUUCCAGCUGAGUCUGGACGCCUCAGGAAUUUUCCCAGGCACAGUAUGUGGACCAGCAGGGAACACAAGGUGAUAUGUAGGUGGACAUUUAAAAUUUUAAUAGUCAUGUAUUUAUUUUCGUGUAUUAAAUAUAUCAGUAGCUCA